UCGUCUUAUACUGCCGUCUCACCGCCGGCUGCUCGUAGAGGCCAAUGUUAUUUCUUCAGGUUGCAGGACGUGUGGUUUUGAUGAAAAUGACUUUGAGUCCGAUUGGUUCAAAGUAGUUGGAAGUGUGUAAUCUUCUGUACAGUACGAUACGAUAGCAGAAAGAUUGACUUUACACUUAUUUAACCGCUUCAGAUCGGAACCGACUACACGCUACACCGGUUUCUGCCAUGUCUAGCCAGGUGGACGGUCAUUCAGACUGUGUGGAUGCCAAGGCCAUAGCAGGACAGGGCAAACCUGUUUCCCCCAAGCAGGGGACCAGUGAGGUGGACUCUCGGCCUCAUGUGGACAUGACAUACAGGUACAAGAUGGACUACCCCAGCCUGGGACAGUGCAUCAUCAUCAACAACAAGAAUUUUGACAGAAGCACAGGAAUGAACUUCCGAAACGGCACAGACGUGGAUGCAGGCAACGCCAUGAAAGAGUUCUCCAGCCUGGGUUACAAGGUCAGAGUGUUCACCGACCAGACAGUCCAACAGAUCCGGGAGCUUCUCUCUAAUGUUUCCAAGGAUGACCACAGCCAGUCAGCCUCCCUGGUGUGUGUGCUGCUCAGCCACGGUGAUGAGGGUGUGUUCUACGGCACGGACAAACAUGUGGAGCUGAAGGUUCUGACCGGAAUGUUCAGAGGAGAUCGCUGCAAGACCCUGGCUGGCAAGCCCAAACUGUUUUUCAUCCAGGCUUGUCGUGGUACAGAACUGGAUGGGGGAAUUGAGACUGACGCCGUGAGUGAUGAUUCUCCUGAGAGGAUACCUGUGGAGGCCGACUUCCUAUAUGCCUACUCCACAGCCCCAGGCUACUACUCAUGGAGGAACACAUCUAAUGGUUCCUGGUUCAUGCAGUCUCUGUGUGAGAUGCUGAAGCGCCACGGACAUGUGCUGGAUAUCAUGCAGAUCAUGACCAGAGUCAACCAUAAGGUGGCGCUGGACUUUGAGUCUGCUUCCAACACCCCAGGCUUUAGUGCCAAGAAGCAGAUUCCCUGCAUCGUGUCUAUGCUGACCAAGGACCUGUACUUUCCUCACUGACCGUCAGGCCUGGACAGCCAGUCUUCAGGAGAGCUGUAUUAGCUGGCUCAUUGGGUUAGGGGUAAAUUGUUCUAAGGUGACUGGUUUUUAUUAAGAUUUUGUAUCUGCAAGUUGGAGGAUUACUCUGGACCAAAUGUAAUUGUUUAAACUAUAGGCAGACUUCCAAUUUUCUCAGGCUUAAAAGGGACCUGCUUAACAUGGGAAUGCAGUCUUUAAGUGGAUAUUAAGAAGGGAUUUAAAAUGACUGAUCUGGCAAGGUAUGUUUCCUCAUGAGCAGAAUGAAAAGCUCUCUCAGGUUUUAAACAAUUCAAUUACAUGAGUGCCAAAUAUGUCUAUUUUCAAAUGUCUAUAUAAACAACAUGUUUAUGCGGCACAUUUCGAUUUCUAUUCAUAACAAUAAAAUAUAUUAGGUUUAUAUACAA